GUUUGAAAACAACAUAAUAUAAAGUAAGUCGCUGAAUAGUAAGAUUAUUAAUUUGUAUGAGUAUUUAAGACUGAACGUUGAGCGCUAAAGAGGUGUGGCUUAAAGCGUAUUAAAAUAAAAACAAUUAGAAAAGAUGAGUUACCCAGGUUACAAUCCCUAUCAACAGGGAUCAGCACCGGGAGCACCCCCAUAUACCCAACAACCUCACGGAGGAGCACCUUCCUAUCCCCAGAUUAAUCCCAAUAGCUUUGGUUACCCAUCAAAUAUACCUAUGCAAAUGCCUCAACCAAUGCAAAUGCCCACCUAUCCUCCAACCACCGGGGGCUAUCCGCCUUCUGGCGGCGGAUAUCCACCUUCAGGUGGCGGAUAUCCACCAUCCAGUGGAGGUUAUCCCCAGUCAUCGGGUGGAGGAUUUCCGACAUCCGGUGGAGGUUACCCGUCAUCCGGUGGGGGUUAUCCGCCAUCCGGUGGGGGUUAUCCGUCAUCGGGUGGGGGAUAUGCACCUAAUACAUAUCCUGGCACAGCUCCUGGUGCUCCUCCCAGUGGACACGGACAUGGAUAUCAAGGACCACAAGGACCUUAUGGAGGUGUAUCUUAUACACAUCAAAGUACAGUAGGACAUGCACCCAAUAAACCAAAGAGAACCCCAACUGUCGUCCCAGCCAAUCCCUUCAACCCCAAUGAUGACGCCCAAGUCCUAAGGAAAGCUAUGAAAGGUUUCGGAACUGAUGAAAAAGCCAUCAUAAAUGUCCUAGCAAGAAGAACCAAUCAACAAAGACUACAAAUCGCAAUUGCGUUUAAGACUUUAUUCGGAAAGGAUUUGAUUAAAGACCUCAAGAGUGAACUAACAGGCAAUUUUGAAAACUUGGUAGUUGCAAUGAUGACGCCUCUUCCUGAAUUUUAUGCCAAAGAAUUACAUGAUGCUAUGAGCGGUAUUGGUACCGAGGAAGAUGUCCUUAUAGAAGUUCUUUGUACAAUGUCUAAUCAAGAAAUUAUGGUUAUUAGAGAAGCCUAUCACAAACUGUAUUACAGGUCACUCGAAAGUGACUUAAAAGGAGACACAGGUGGUACAUUCAAGCGCCUCAUGGUUUCAUUAUGCAACGCCUGCAGGGAUGAGAGUAACGUUGCUGAUCCCCAAAGAGCCUUACAAGAUGCUCAAGCCUUACUAAGAGCUGGUGAACUCAGGCUUGGAACUGAUGAGUCUACUUUUAAUAUGGUUUUGUGUCAGAGAAACUACGCCCAGCUGCAAAUGGUUUUCCAGGAGUACCAGAGACUCACAGGACAUGAUAUUGAAAAGGCUAUAAAGAAUGAGUUCUCAGGAGAUUCAGAAGAUGCUCUAUUGGCUAUUGUUAGGUCUAUAAAGAACCAAGCUGCUUUCUUUGCUAAGAUGUUGAACAAAAGUAUGAAAGGAUUGGGAACAAAUGAUAGACAGUUGAUCAGAUUGGUUGUUACACGAGCUGAAAUUGAUAUGCAGGAAGUUAAGAGAGAAUAUCAGGCCAAAUAUGGUGAAAGCCUAGCUGAGGCUAUUAAGGGUGAUUGUUCUGGUGACUACAAGAAGUGUUUGUUGGCUUUAAUAGGCGAAUCUUAAGUUAAACAUGUAUUUUUAGAAUUACAAUAAUAUUUAAAGAUAUCUAUGAACGAAUGUUCCACUACUUGUAGAAUUGAUAAAUGUUUUGAUAAAAGUCAUGUUUUGCCAAAAGAAAAGUAAAUGUUCUAGAUAUUUAAAUUUAAAUGUUCCAUUAUAUGACAAAAUUUUAUUGAUAAAAUUAUGUGUAAAAAAUAAUUCAGUGAUAUAUACCUAGCUUAUUUAUUCCACUAUGUUUGUCGAGAAGUAUAUGUUAUUGUGUUUUGUUAAUAUAUUUCCAUAAAGAUCUGAUUUAGUAUAAAUGUUUAAUUAUUACGAACUUUAUCUAUGUUUGCUUUUUAUACCAAUUUCUAUUUUUUUCUGAAAAGUUAAAGAGACUGUUUUAAAUAGAUCUUAUUUUUACUGCUUGUUUAUUUCAUGCUGUUCAAUUUUAUUAUUGUAUAAAUAUUUUAUCUUUU